CUCACCACAGAGCAGAGACACGGGACACACUGAGUGUACGCUGGUAAAAGUUAAAAGCAGAAACGAACUGAAAACAGAGAGAGAGUAAGACAGGAACCACUGAAGCUGCUGUAAAGUAUAGAGACAGACAGGCGCAGACACUGACAGUCAGUAGUGAACACAAACUGUGGUCCACUUUAAUGCAGAGUUACAUGUAAGAGGGGAUUUAAAUAAAACAACUGAGACACAGAAAGACUUCAGGUAACAAGAUGUUGUCUACAAAGGGGGAGCAGAGAACAUUCAGCAAUGGGCGUCUGAGAGACCAGUGGGAGAAGAGAGCCCAGAGCAUCGCCGACGAGAACAAAAAAGAGGAACAAUGGAAGCAGAAAAGUUCCACCAAUCUUCACUUCUCAAAAUGGAACUAUCACUGGCUGGUUGCUAAUGGAGACAAGAUGAAAGAUGGCAUAAGUGAGUUUAAGAGAGUCACAAGUGGUGCAGCUGAAGCAGAAAAAAACAAGCCCAGAAUUCGAUUCAAAGUUGUCCCUCCUCCUCCCAAACCCAAAGCUGACCCUCCUCCUCCACCACCUCCUCCGAGAAGGUCAACGUCACCCAAACUUCGAAGGCAAAAGCGCAAAGUAGAGGUUGAUACAUUUCGAAUUUGCUGGAAGGACUCCUGGAUGAGCUUGAAGCCACCAAAGUAUCUUUUUCUGAAAGCCCAAGAGUUGGAAACCAGAAUUCUAGGGUUCACAACCAUAGAGCUAACUAAGAACAGCAAGUACAAAGCAAAGGGGAGCGGACUGAAGGGUGAAUGGAUGUUUCCUGCUCAUAAGUGGAAUCAAUCCUGGAAACAGGUGAAGAGUCCAGGCCAGGUGGAGCUUUCUGAGGCAAAACAGUUUCACUGGGAUAUUCUAUUUCAAAGAGAGAACGUUUGUAAGGUUGCGAUAGAAACGUAUUCUCUUCCUGUUUGGGCUGGUACCUGGAAGAUCAUGAACUUUCCCUUCAGGCAGGAGAAAAAGGACUGGGAUCAUAUCUGGACUGACUACCAACAAAACCUAACCAACAACUUUGAUCAAAUACAACAGCUAGAGGAGGAGGAUGAACCCUUUGACUGGGAGGAUUCAUGGAAAAUGUCUGGAGCAGAAUUUGAAACAAACGACUUCACAGAUGAUGAGACGCUAAGUGAGAGUUCCUUCAGUGCGGACGCUGAAGUUAUGAUGACUAUAAGUGAUGUGUGCGUACCAGGAUGGAGCAAAUCCUGGUUACUGUCAGCAGCUCCUCCAGAGGAAGGUGAAGAACGGCAGAAAAGCUGGAGCACUUGCUGGGGAUAUAAGCAGCAGCUCAGGUGGUGCAAAGCUUCUGUGAACUCCAAUCAUCAACACAGUGCCAUGCUGGAGAGAAAACGCAAAGCUACAAACUUCCUCCUCACAUCAGAGCUGGACGAGGAGAUGACAGACACCACUGAGUGGAUGGAGGCCUGGAAGGCUCCAAGAGGAUGGUUUAAGGUAGAGGAGGAGGAAACAGAGGAGGAGGAGGAAGCAGAGGAAAUAUAUGUCAAAGGGGAGGAGGAGGAUGAAGGAGUGAAUAAUGAGGACGGAGAUAUGGAUGAGGAAGAGGAGGAUGGAAAUCUGGAUGGUGUGGAGGAGGAUGAAGGAGUUGAAGAGGAGAUAGAAAAGAAAGAAAAAGCCCUUAACAAGAAGGCUGAAGAUGAUGAGGAUGAUGAGGAAGAAGAUGAAGGAGUGGAUGAAAAUGAGGAGGAGGAAGAGGAAGAAGAGUAUGAAGAUACUGACAACAAGAUGGAGGGCGAGGAAGAAGACAAUGAAGAGGAACAGGAUGAAGAUGGUGGAAGGGAGGAUGGAAACAAAAAAGGCAAUCAAAAAGAUGACAAUGAAACAGAUAACGAUGAGGAGGAGAAAGAAGAGGAGGAGGUGGAGGAAGUGGAUGAAAAAACUGAGGUAGAGAAGCAGGAAAAAGGCAACACAAAUGAAAAUGAUGAGGGUGAAGUAGAAGAGGAAGAGCAGGACAGUGAAUUGAAUGAAGAUGAAAAGGAUGACAAAGUGGAAAAGCUGAAUGAGGAAGGCACAGACAAAGAAGAGGAAGUGAAUGCAAAAAUAAAGGAACAAGAGGAGGAGGAAGACAUAGAAGAUGAGGAAGAGGAGAACAAGAAUGGCAUAAAUGAGGAGAAAGGAAACCAUGAUGGUGGCAGGGAUGAAGAUGCAGAGGUAGAUGAGGAAGACGAGGAAGAUGAAGAUUAUAAUAACAAUGAGGAUGAAACAAAUGUAUGUGAAAAAGAAAAAUACAAAGAGAUGGACAAGAAAUAUAAAGGUGGAGAAGAAGAAGAAGAAAAAGAAGAGGAAGAAGAAGAAGAAGCAAAAGAAGAAGAAGAAGAAGAAGAAGAAGAAGAAGCAAAAGAAGGAGAGGAAGAAGAAGAAAAAGAAGAAGAGGAAGAAGAAGGAAAAGAGGAAGAUGAAAAAGAUGAAGAUGAUGACAAAGCUGACGAAGAUGAAGAAGAGGAUGAUGUGCAAAAGAAUGAAGGCAAUAAAGUAGAUAGUGAGGAUGAAGAAGAAGAGAAAGAAGAAGAGGAUGAAGCAGACGACGACCAGGAGAGUGAUGAGGAUGGUAAAGACAGAAAGGAGAAUGAAAAUGUUGACGAGGAGGAAGGUGGUGUAAUAUUUGAGAAAGAUGAAGGAGAAAUUAAAGAGAAUGACAAAAAAGCUGACCAUCACAAGGAUGAGGAAGAGGAGGAGGAGGAUGAAGAGAAGGAGGCUGGUGAGAAAGAAAAUGAAGCAGAGUUCCACAAACUGAACGCCUGCUUUCCCUCCUGGAAGAAGUCAUGGAUGGUGGCAGUAGCUCACAGAGGAGGUUAUGAUGCUGAGGAUGAGGCUUACGAAGAGGGUGAGGAAUCGGAGUUGAGAGCUUGGAAGGACUCAUGGAGGAUUUGUCGCUAUAGAAAGCCAGAUGAUGAUGACGUGGUGUGUUUCUCUAUGGAGCACCGGAGUCAGCGGUAUAUGGGACUGACGCAUGAAGAAGACGGCAUGCCAAACAACCCUAUCGCCUGCGGGAAGAAGCUCCUCCUCAGUCUCUCUGUGUUGGUCUUCAGGGAGCAGAAUCGCUUUCCUGACCUCAACAGAGAGAACAGUCCGUUGUUGGGAUGGCUGAGGUCCUUCACGAUCUUCCUGGCCUUGGUCCAGCACCGCCUGCUGUAG